CUGGCAUUCUUCCGGAAUCUCUCCUUGCACCACUAGUCAUCUCAUUACUUCGACUUUUUCUCGCUACCCUCUCUCACAGUCCCUCCUCUCACGAUGGACUACACCAUGGAAGACACCCAGAACUCCGCUCCUGACGCUCACGAGACGUCCAAGCUCGGCUCAGCAGCACAAAGAAGUGACAUCCAGAGCGUCACCAAACGUCUUCAAGCUGAGCUGAUGCAACUCAUGCUCUCCCCCUCUCCGGGCAUCUCCGCCUUCCCUGACGCCGAUGGCAACCUUCUUUCCUGGACCGCCACCAUCAGCGGUCCCAACGAAACGCCCUACGAAGGACUGACUUUCCGACUCUCGUUCGCCUUCCCGAGCAACUACCCCUAUGCUCCUCCUACCGUUCUCUUCAAGACCCCCAUCUACCACCCCAACGUCGACUUCUCCGGGCGUAUCUGCCUCGAUAUCCUGAAAGACAAGUGGAGUGCUGUGUACAACGUCCAGAGCGUGCUCCUCAGCUUGCAGAGUCUCCUGGGCGAACCCAACAACGCGAGCCCCCUCAACGCCCAGGCCGCCGAACUCUGGGACACCAACCAAGAAGAAUACAAGAGACACGUCCUGGCCCGCCACCGUGACAUCGAAGAUAUCGAAUAAACCUCCUUCAUUCAGAAGAUAUGUCUUUAGUUUAUUAGUCGCGGUCGGUUCCGCAAAACCCUCAGCCGUCGUCCACGCACACGGACUGAGUUGCAUUGCAUGACUUCGGGGUUGUCUCUUGGGUUGUUCUUCUAGGAUGGUGAUCGCUGCACAGUACCCCCUGGCUCUAUUUUAUACCAGGU